CAGCAAUUCACCUUCUUCAUCAUCUAAUAACAAUAAUGGGAAUGUGCAGAGAUCUAAAAGCUUUGCAUUUAGAGCUCCGCAAGAGAAUUUCACUAUUCAGGAUUUUGAGCUUGGCAAGAUCUAUGGCGUUGGAUCUUAUUCAAAGGGGAGAAAUUUCAUUUGAAGGAUGACAGAUUCUGUGAAAUUGAAUUUCCUUUGUUUGAUUCCCGGGGAAGUUGAAUGAAGAUAAGCAAUUUUUUUUUUGUAACUUACCCUUGAUUCUGUCUUCACUAUCGAGAAAACGAAAACCAAAUACAAAUGUACAAUUUUAGCGCUAGGUUCGUUUUGGUGCUGAUAUCCUUUCUUUUCUCAGCGGCCAAAUGGAAAAUUAGAAGUUUCAGAGGUUCACUUCAUUCCCUCUGGGAGCAGCAGUCUACUGUUGUAGGCAUAAGUAGUGCCUCCUAGUUGGCAGGAUGGUUGGUUUAGCUUAUGCUAUAGGUGAUUGAAGAUAGCUUCACAAUGUUGUGACAGGGUAGUAGUAUUGUUGAGGAGGAGAUGGUGAAGCAAUAUCCUUCUUCAUACCUUUUUCUUCAGGACAUAAUCUUAAGCUAUGGUUAUAGAGUAGGAAAUCAAGCAAUUGUGAAUUGUUAAUUUUGGGCGUUUUCUGGUAAUAGUGUUAGGUAUUUACUUUGUGACAAUACAAUGUUUAUUUGCUGUCAGAUACGUGUAUUCAUCAUUGUUUCAAUGAGUGUAUGGGAUGUGGAGAAGAGAUACAGGGCAUGGCGACUUCUUAGUUACACCAUAUAAUGAGCGAACACUCACCCUCUCUUGAAUGCCAUAUUGUAGUGAGAGCAAAGAAGAAGGACACAGGAAUUGUAUAUGCCUUGAAGAUCAUGGACAAAAAAUUCAUCACCAAAGAAAAUAAAACAGCUUAUGUGAAGCUAGAACGCAUAGUGCUUGAUCAAUUGGAUCAUCCAGGAAUCGUGCGUCUAUUUUUUACUUUUCAGGAUAAUUAUUCUCUGUACAUGGCACUUGAAUCCUGUGAAGGAGGAGAACUUUUUGAUCAAAUAACCAGAAAAGGCCGUCUAUCAGAGGAUGAAGCUCGCUUUUAUGCUGCAGAAGUUGUGGAUGCUCUUGAAUACAUACAUAGUAUGGGAUUAAUUCAUCGGGAUAUAAAGCCAGAGAACUUGUUAUUUACUGCAGACGGACACGUUAAAAUUGCUGAUUUUGGAAGUGUGAAGCCCAUGCAGGAUAGUUGCAUCACUGUCCUUCCGAAUGCAGCUUCAGACGAUAAGGCUUGCACAUUUGUGGGAACAGCUGCAUAUGUCCCUCCAGAAGUCCUUAACUCUUCUCCUGCAACUUUCGGAAAUGACCUGUGGGCACUUGGCUGCACUUUGUACCAGAUGCUUUCAGGGACUUCUCCUUUCAAAGAUGCAAGUGAAUGGCUUAUAUUUCAAAGAAUUAUUGCUCGGGAUUUAAGAUUUCCAGAUUAUUUUUCAGAAGAAGCGAGAGACCUCAUUGAUCACUUAUUAGAUAUAGAUCCCAGCAGAAGACCGGGUGCUGGACGUGGUGGUUAUGCUGUGCUCAAGAAUCAUCCAUUCUUUGAGGGAGUUGACUGGAAGAAUUUAAGAGGAGAAACCCCUCCAAAACUUGUUUUGGAACCAAUGGCGCAAUCCGGUGACAAUGACCAUGACCCUGGGUCUCCAUUUAACCCCACACACAUUGGUGACAGUUCAAUGACACAAAAUGAUGCGAAUGUUGGAGUCUCAUCAUCUGCUGAAGCAACUUCACACAUAACUAGACUUGCUUCAAUUGACUCCUUUGAUUCUAAAUGGCAACAGUUUUUGGAUCCAGGGGAAUCUGUUGUAAUGAUCUCGAUGGUGAAGAAAUUACAGAAACUGACGAGCAAGAAGGUGCAGCUUAUCCUUACUAACAAGCCAAAGUUGAUCUACGUGGACCCUUCGAAGUUAAUAGUGAAGGGAAAUAUAAUUUGGUCUGACAAUUCUGAUGACCUGAGUGUCCAAGUUACAAGUCCUUCACAUUUUAAGAUCUGUACGCCGAAGAAGGUAAGGUCAUUUGAAGAUGUUAAGCAGAGAGCGUGGCAGUGGAAAAAGGCCAUUGAGAGUCUUCAAAACCAGUGAAAAUCUGUUAAUGGAUGUGCCGAACAUUCUUUGAUGCAUUGAUACAUAGAGGAACUUGGGGAUUCCUAAAACAGUCGACACCCCCAACAAUUAUUUAUUUUGUUGCAAGUUUGGCUUCUUCAAGGUGCAAAGCUGCCCCAUCAAGCUCACUUUCCCUCCCGCUCCAAACUGACUUUGCAACGGGGCCUUUCUGUAUGUUAUGCUUUUAAUGAAAGUCGUGUACAACGCAAGUCUUGAUUGCUGGGUUUGUAGAGGAGGGCUAGGGUUCACUACUUAUUUACUACAUUUAAAGUUCCAAGCCAUUAAUGAAAAGUUCUUUCCUUGAAUGAAA